AGCAACCAUGGUUGACAAUGACAGUCCGAACUGUCAUUAUAUCGGUGUAGUGUUUGCACGCCAAUUGCCCUUUUUAGGUAAUUAGAAAAUCGCAAAAAAAGCCUCUAAAAGACACAAAUAAUGUCCAAAGUAGACAUGGAACUGAAAAAGGCCUUCACGGAAUUGCAAGAGAAAAAAGCGGAAACCGGUCAAAAGUUACGUUUGGCCACCGUUCAAAUUGAGGCCCUGAAGAGGGCCAAACUGCACGCCAGCAUGACCGAAAGAGAGAUCUCCGCCUUAGAUCCCGAGACUAGAACGUACGAGUCUGUGGGGCGUAUGUUUUUACUGACCCCAAAGGAGCAGGCGACAGAAAAUAUUAAAAAGAGACAGUCGAAAGCAGAGGAAAAGAUCAAAACAUUGGAAGGUCAGAUGGUUUAUUUAGAAAACUCACUGAAAGAGGCCACGGAUAGUUUACGAGAGCUGGUGCAGCAAAAAAAAGAUUCUUAGGUGUUUUUUUAUAAUUUUUUUUAUAUUUGUAAAGAUUCAAUAAAUUUAUACUAACCUUAGGGUGUUAAUAAUAAAUAAAACCAAAUAAUUUCUAAAAAAAUAUAUUAAAUAACAAAUAUAAACUUAUAACCUAAA